AUCGUGGCUCCGCUUCAUCUUCUUCAAAGGCGCGACGGUCCCCUCGGCCUCCCGCGGGGUGGAGCCUGGGGCAUGAAUACUACGCCGACGCCAUACACACCGCUCGAGACUCUGUUGUUGUUCCGUGGCAUUGCCCAGUACGGCCUCGAGACCGCCGCUUUUGCGAGCAUUUCGGAAGCGCUUCAGAACAAUAAGCUCGUCAGGCAUGAUUCGAGAUACGAUGCCCGAAGACUGAGUGCCGAGGCCCUGCAGGAGCUCUUCCUGCAACUUUUGUGGGAGGAGCUCAAGACCGAGACCGAAAGUUGCCCGCUGCCUGAUGGCGCGCUGUCUCCGGCCUCGAAAAAGCGCAAGUUACAGCACUCCCCACCGCCGACCCUAAGGGACGCGCGCCAGCACGUCGAGAAAAUCGAGUCAGCGCAUCGCAAGUCGCACGAUGCCUACGUGCGCCACGCCUUCGACGAGAUCCAGCAGUAUGAGCGGCAAUUGGACCGGCUGUUCGCCGAGAUACACGAGUUGGAGAGUGCGGGUGGACGAGAAGCGAUCGAUGGCGAAUUGAGACCGGGAAGCCCGAACGGUCCCCAAGAUGUGGGGCCCAAGCACGAUCUAGGCUUGGUCAAUGGUGUUGGCUCCUCUCCAAAGGCCUCUCCCAAGCCGCUGACGCAGUUACCGGUGCCGCAAUCGACACCACAAUCGCUGCGACAGUUACAGCCGUUGCUGCCGCACCCGCCAUCACGGCAGGAUGCCAGGAACGGGCCUCCCCCCGCACAGCAGGGCCCCUCAGAGAAGGCAUCGCCGGUUCCCCGAGUCUCUGCCUUGACCUAUCCACAAGUCGCACGCUCUCCGCAGCUCGGUCAGCAGGAUGUGUCCAGGGCCCCAGUCGCGAAGCCCUCGGAAUCACCAAUACCGGCGAAUGGUGCACCGCAAGUUCUCAAAGCGCCGCAGGGGGCACCUUCUUUUCAGCCUCAGGCUUCCGCGUUGUCUGCAACUGCUGAAGGUCUCCAGCGGCCGGAGAGCAUUGCGACUAGACUAUCCCCUGUGCUGCCUCCCGCUAGCCCUCAACCCGCCGCUCAGGGACAACUAAAGUGGGAGCCACCGUACCAGCCCAACGUGCCUACUCCACGACCGACGUCCAAUAUCAACGUACAGCACCAAUCUUCUAAUAUUCUCCCGCCCUUUCCCCAUAUUAUGCCGUCGCAACGGCCCUCCCAACAGCAACCACCACCUCAUCCUAGCCCACUUCCGUUGCAGGCACAGCCCAACAGAGCGUUGCCUCAGCAAGCGGCUCCUCAGUUUGCCCCUGCCCUCAGGUCUCCAUCUGUCCGGCCCUCGUCAGAAUCGGGCAGCGCGUCGGUACCAGCCAGGCAGCAUCCAUUGCUUCCGAACCAAGUACCAAGCGGUGCGGCUCAAACGCAGCCUCCCUAUCACCCACCUCCAUACCCAGGAUAUCCUGUUUCUACCCUGGCGCAAACUUCUCAGACUCACGCCGCCCAGUCGACUCCGGCAUACCCUACCCCAGGGCGGAGUCCAGUUGUGCCUCCCGCCCCUUCAGGUGCCGUUGCGGUCGGGCUCAGUCAGAACCUUGCGCCCCCCUCCCAUCACCGCCCACAGCCAGCAGAUUUGCAAGCACCACCAACCUACAGCCAGCAGACUGUGCCGAAUGCCGCACACCCAUCCGUCCCGGCUCCCCCGGAUGCGACUCGGGUCUACAAUUCUCCCUAUCAACCGCCCCGGGUUGUUGCCGUGGAGCGCAUCCAUCCCAGACUACCCAUGGCCGCAACACCUACCAUGCCAGCACGAUUCAGCCCUGUUCCGUCAGCUCCUCAAACGCCUGCCAUGGGUCUUCCCCUGAAGUUGGCAAAGGGAAGUGGUACAACGUGGAAAUCAAGUUCUACACCAUCUACUCCCAAGCACGCAUUCGAGCUGCGGCUCGGUUACGACGAUUUUCCAAGUCCCGCCUUCGAACCCACCAGCCCAGUUUUGGCCCCGCGAACAAGCCAAGGGGCAAAGGAAUUGGUGCAGGUUCCGGAGCAGCCAACCGAAAUGCCCAGCCCGAAGCAUAAAUCUGACCGAGCACCUAACGUGAAGGCAACCCAAGAUGCUAAUGUUGGGAUGUCUCCGGCUCGAGCACCAAGCGCGCGGCCGAACGAGGUAUCCCAAGCAGCAGUUGGACUAGAGCCGCCAAGAGUCAAGGACGAAGUGACCACACCGCGGCCGUCGACCGAAACCGGCGAGACUACUGCCGAUGAGAGCCGACAUGACCUGACGCCUACACCCUCGCACACCCCGCGAGCCAGCCAGACGCGGGAGGCGCUCUCUGAAGUGCCGGUGUCAGCUGAGGCGCCCAAAGUCGUUCUCUGGACCCGCUCCUUCAACAAGGUUAGCGGCUCCGCAAUGGAGCAGAUCAUCCAUCACCGAUCGGGGAGCAUGUUUGCCGCGCCCAUCCGCGAGAAGGAUGCGCCGGGGUACCAUAAGGUGGUCAAACAGCCGCAAGAUCUCAAGACGAUCCGCGCCGCAAUCAACCACGGGAACAGGGCUGCUGCUCAGGCUGCCGUCGCCCUGCCCGAGGGUGACCCCGGCACCAGCGGCGUCUGGCUGCCCCGCACCGAGGACCUCGUCCCGCCAAAGAGCAUCAUCAACAGCAGCCAGCUCGACCGCGAACUAGCCCACAUGUUUGCCAACGCCAUUAUGUACAACCCGGACCCGCACCACGGCCCAGGCCCCGCAUUUUUGCGCGACGUCAACAGCGACCCGGACGGCCCCGACGGCGCCGCCCACCAGGACAAUGCGCUGGGAUACAAGGUAGACGAGUUUGGAGUCGUCAAGGACGCCCGCGCCAUGUUUGUCGAGGUCGAGAAGCUGCUUAGCGAGCUGCGCUCGGCCGAGAUUCAGCGCGGCGCACCGCCCGGUGGUGGAGCGUCAGCAGGAGGCCUUCCCAUGGGCACGAGCACCCGCCAGGCGAGCGUCGUCCAGGGCGGCCGCGGGACCGAGAGUGUUAAGGACGAGGGCGAGGAUGGCGAGGAACAGACGGGCACGGGGACGGAAACCGAGACGGCCGCCCCCAAGAGGCGCCGGGUUGCUAGGGGUUGA